CCGUAUCGGCCCUCUCGCAGCCGCAACUUGUGCUACCGGAUGAUGCGCUCCUGUUAUUUGUGCUGUGGUGGUGGUGGUAGCGCUGGCUCAAAGACCCUCCAAGCGUGCGUGGCGAUGGCAUUUCUUAUCUCUCCCUCGACGGCCUUCCUCCCAGCCAUCUCCUCCGCCGUCAUCGUGCGACACAUACGGCGAACAGCGUCAGCAUCGUCAAUCUCAGCCUCGCACCGCAAGAGAGAGGCCACAAUAACGGCCUCGCAGCGAUCGCUCGUGUCCCUGUCCGCCGCCGGCACCGAUGGCGCAAAAGAUGCGGCCGUGCGCGCUGUGCAGGCGGCCGACGAAGCGUUAAAUAAGGCGGCGCAUGACGCGGGUUCAGCCGCUAGCCGAGAUGAGGUACAGGCCACCGUCGCUGCUGCCCGCGCUGCCGCUCGUAGCGCAAUGGAGUCGUUGCGGAGGGACCCGGGAACGUUCGGAGGAGGAGGGCUGGGAGACGAGGCGGUGCAGCAGGAUGAAGUGACGUCACAGGCGCGCUCCGCCGUUAAAGCGGCUCUGUCGGCCGUCGCCGAAGCCCAGGCCGCUGCCCCAGCCGCGGCGACAGCAUCGUCCACCGCUGCUCAAGACGCCAUCGGCAUGGUACAGGCCGCGCUAGACCGACGAGAUUCGGCGACCGUGGAACUAGGUGCUGAAUCGUCCGAAGACACGCCGGUUGCCGCCGAAACUGCCGUGCUGACCUCGCGAGGUGAUGGCAGCGUGUCGGACGGUGGUGAGGAAGGUGGAGACGGAACCAAGGAGCCGGAGUCUGCGCGCUGGAGUCGGAACAACCCCGCGGCGUCUCACAGUCACAUGGCCCAUCUCUUGUGGAGACAAGUCGCCGGCCCGGGUGACACUGUACUCGACUGCACAGCCGGAAACGGACACGACAGCCUCGAGCUCGCAAAAAUCGUUGCCCUGAAGGACGGGGUGGGAUCACUCUACGUCAUGGAUGUCCAGGAGCGGGCUAUCGAGGCCACUCGCGAGAGGUUGAGGUCUGAACUCGGUGAACUUGCCUUGAAACGCUCGACGCUGAUCAACGGCAACUUCAGGGAGAUGCCGGCGGAGUUGGAGCCUCUGUCGGUGCAACUCGUCGUGUAUAACCUGGGGUGGCUGCCGGGGGGCGACAAAUCCAUCACAACAAAACUCGAGGACACACUGGAGAGCAUCGAGGCGGCGAAACGCGUGGUCAAGCACGGCGGCAUGAUCAGCGUAAUGUUGUAUAGGGGGCACGCGGAGGGUAAACGCGAGACGGAGGCCGUGCGCGACUACGCCGCGGGCCUAGCCCACUCCCAGUGGCGCGUCUUCAUGCACGAGAGGAUCAACCGUGCAGAUUCCCCCGAGCUCCUCACAAUAUUCAAGCUCUGA